AUUGAUGACUUGUUUGACCAACUACGAGGGGCAACCGUGUUUUCAAAGAUCGAUUUGAGGUCGGGUUACCAUCAAUUGAAGAUUAAGGAAGACGACAUACCAAAGAGUGCUUUCCGCACAAGGUAUGGACAUUUUGAGUUCCUUGUUAUGUCGUUUGGGUUGACAAACGCCCCAGCGGCAUUCAUGGACUUGAUGAACCGAGUAUUCCAUAAAUACUUGGAUCGAUUCGUGAUUGUGUUCAUAGACGACAUUUUGAUUUACUCAAAGAGUGAGGAAGAGCAUGAAGAGCACUUGAUACUCGUUCUUGAGACACUACAGGAGAAGCAACUUUAUGCCAAAUUUUCUAAAUGUGAAUUUUGGCUAAAGGAAAUUGGCUUUCUCGGGCAUGUGGUUUCGGGAUCGGGAAUUGCUGUUGAUAAUAAGAAGAUAGAGGCCAUUACCGAAUGGGAGAGACCAAGGAAUGUCAAGGAGAUUCGUAGUUUCCUUGGACUGGCAGGCUAUUACAGAAAGUUCGUGGAAAAGUUCUCUGUUUUGGCGUCGCCGUUGACGAAGCUCACUCGAAAGGGAGCUAAGUUUAUAUGGGAUGACAAAUGUGAGAAAGGAUUCAUCGAACUAAAGAAGAGAUUGACCGAGGCACCGGUACUUGCAUUACCCAAACAGGGUGUGGGGUACGAUGUCUAUAGUGACGCGAGCAUCCAAGGGUUUGGGUGUGUGUUGAUGCAGGAAGGGAGGGUAAUUGCCUAUGCUUCACGACAGUUGAAGAAGCAUGAGGUAAAUUAUCCUACCCAUGAUCUGGAGCUGGGAGCAGUGGUGUUUGCACUGAAGAUAUGGAGACAUUAUCUCUACGGGGAGACAUGUCACAUAUACACUG